UACUACAAUUUUGACGUCAAAGUAUAUGCACUUGCCAAAGUAAAUUCGACGCAGGGAUUUGGUGAAAUAAUUUUGUGAUAAAAGGUGUUGCGUCGUUGAUAGAAGAGUGAAUUUUGAAGUUGAAUUGUAAGGAAAUCAUCGUUUCUGCAUUUCGUCGCUACGCACGGCUAAUAUUUGAAGAUUUCUGCAACAGUUUUGUAAACUUGUCCAGGAUGUCGUAUGCAUAUUUAUUUAAGUACAUCAUCAUUGGGGACACAGGUGUUGGUAAAUCUUGCCUACUGUUACAAUUCACGGAUAAACGGUUCCAACCGGUUCAUGACUUGACUAUUGGGGUUGAAUUUGGAGCCCGAAUGAUAACGAUCGAUGGAAAACAAAUCAAAUUACAAAUAUGGGAUACUGCCGGCCAGGAAGCUUUCAGAUCAAUAACACGAUCGUAUUACCGCGGUGCCGCUGGAGCAUUGUUAGUCUACGACAUAACUCGAAGGGAAACUUUUAAUCACUUAACGACAUGGCUCGAAGAUGCUAGACAACAUUCGAACUCGAAUAUGGUUAUAAUGCUUAUCGGUAAUAAAAGUGAUUUAGACUCGAGGCGCGAAGUUAAGAAAGAAGAAGGCGAGGCUUUUGCGCGUGAGCAUGGCUUAGUUUUUAUGGAAACAUCGGCUCGAACUGCAGCAAAUGUGGAGGAAGCAUUUAUCAAUACAGCCAAAGAAAUUUACGAAAAAAUACAAGAAGGUGUAUUCGAUAUUAACAAUGAGGCUAAUGGAAUUAAAAUUGGACAGCAACAUUCCCCGACAAAUCCAUCUUUGCCGGGCGCUGGAAAUCAAGGUGGAUCUACAAGUAGUGGUUGUUGUUGAAAUAUAUAAACUUCCAAGCACUUUUAAAACUUUUAUAUAUACUUAUAUAUAUUAACAAAUAUCGGACUUGGAGAUCGAAAAUCGUUUUUUCCAUAUGAAAAACAUUACAUGGAAAAAUGUUUUAUAAUUAAUGAAAAAUUGAAUAAACAUACUAUAAUAAUA